GGUAGGUUAACUCACGCGCGAUGUUCGUGGCCGUUCCCGUAUCAUAUCCUGUUUCACAAGCUCUUCACCCUCAAUCAUAGCGGCAAGCUAGUGCACCCCCAUUCGCCCCUGGGCCUCUACUGAAACUUGGCAGUGUGGCAGUGUCCUCGGGCCUGUUGAUUUGCUGGAUCGCUCUAAUAUCUGGCAUCUCGUGUGGAUCCCGUACUAUUGUCUUUGCGUUUCUCCAAGAAGGCGCAGCAGCCAAAGUACUAUGAGCUGUUCCUCUUCUUGAUAUUCGUUGUCUCCCGUUCCAGGGCCUCCCUUUUCGUUUGUUACGUCGAAUCGCAACCCAGGUCUGGUCAAAGGGCGAGGCGACAGUCGCAAUUGGCCAUUUCAACGGUUUAUCCUUGGGUCUCUUCGUGGUUGGGGGUGAAGGUUAUGAUAUCAUCGUCCGCUGUGGUGCUCUCCGUGGUUGGUUCGCCCGCUGCUGUGCUCGUUACCAGGCGACUUGUGCCUUGGCGACUUGUGUGAGAUUUGACCUUUUUUUCCAGCAGAGAGCACAAAGCAACACUUGACGUGUAUUCAAAGCCCUCCAGGUUGUUGUUCUGCUGUGCCGUGCUGUUUUGUUGUAGCUCGUUGACAAGUAACUAGUGUAAGGUAAGCCGCCAGGCUCGCGGUUGUUCUUUUUCCUGGUUCAAAGUUCUUUCUGCCCGUUUAGGCAUGAAAUAACACAACCUACUUCGAUAUCCAACCUCACAUCAACUUCUCUUCCCUUCACCGUCCCCUACGAUCUCCCAGGCCGUCCUGAGCCUUCACUGGUGGAGAGCAGGCCAAUUUGAUAUGCUGAUGGGAAAGCCCAGCAGAUCCCUUUUUUUCGAUCUGUUCAGUGCUCGCCACCGAAGAGUGAAGCCCUUUUCGAGCAGGGUCUUGUGCCGGUCACUCCGCCGACCCUACUGUAGCUCCAUUCAACCCUAGAUCCGUGAUACACUGUUGUACCAGACGAAUGUUUAUCUCAUAUGGUCAUGCCAGUUCUAUCUAUAAGCACUUACACCAUUCAGAGUAACUGCGCCUGAUCAGGGCUGCGAUUUUUACUUAAUUCUGCAUCACCUAUAUAUCACCCGAUUCCUGAGGGAUGGAACCGCCAAAUGACGAUGCUCCCAACCUGUCCUCGCCGUUGCGGCGGGAGCGAGCUCCCACGAUCACGAUUGACACAUCCGCUGUUAGCAGUGCAUCUAAUGUCGGAGGUCCUGAAAUAAUGACGGAAGAACCGCAGGGACAGAGUCAGCAAGGGGGCGGAGAGGGCGGGAAUGGCAAGUCGACGGAUACUCAUGGCCAGCAAGAAAGUGCCUUGAACCCUUCAUCCGAGAGAGAACGAGAACCACGGCCUAUUUCACCGCAUAAUAUCUCUUCGCCGACGUCGAAGACCGCCGACCCAAACUCGCAAAAUUUCUUGUCUGUACCAGGGACGCGCUCAAGGGGAAACUCCCUCGACUCUGAAGAUGCCAACUCCCCUCGCUCGUUGGGCAGUGAGACAUGUGUCCCAUCAUCACCGUCUACCAGUGAGCAUCCUGACAAAGGUGCAUCAACAAAGGACGUCGACGUUAGGAAUGAUCCUAAUGCUUUGAAACCUGACCCCAAAACGGAAGACGACUUUGAAGUGGAGAAUAACAAAUUCGCCUUCUCCCCAGGUCAAUUGAACAAGCUUCUCAGCCCAAAGAGUCUUUCCGCUUUCUAUGCUCUGGGAGGCCUAGCCGGAUUGGAGAAGGGUCUGCGGACCAACCGCUCAACAGGUCUCAGCAUCGAUGAAACUGUUUUGGAUGGCACGGUCUCCUUUGAAGAAGCUACCAGUGCUAGUACGCCGGAACACACUCCCAAGGCGUCAGGAAGGACGACGAGCAUGAAAUAUGAUGCUGAGGGUGUUACCAAGAACAAUGAUAGAUUCGUUGACCGCAAACGUGUAUUCAGUGAUAAUCGGCUCCCCGCAAGGAAGACCAAGUCCAUCUGGGAGCUGGCUUGGAUCGCUUAUAACGAUAAUGUCCUGAUUCUUCUCUCCGUCGCCGCCGUCAUAUCUCUUGCACUAGGUAUAUAUCAAUCCAUUACAGCUACUGGAAAUGAGGCUAGAGUUCAAUGGGUCGAAGGUGUAGCUAUCAUGGUUGCUAUCAUUGUUGUUGUCGUUGUCGGAGCAGCAAAUGACUGGCAAAAGGAAAGACAAUUCGUGAAGCUAAACGAGAAGAAAGAAGAUCGCAAUGUUAAGGUUAUUCGCUCUGGAAAGUCGGUGGAAAUCUCGGUUCAUGAUAUUCUCGUGGGGGAUGUGAUGCACCUUGAACCCGGUGAUAUGGUGCCGGUCGAUGGUAUUUUCCUCGAGGGGCACAAUGUUAAAUGCGAUGAAUCGUCCGCCACUGGUGAAUCUGAUGUCCUUCGAAAGACUCCUGGUGAUGUUGUCUACCAGGCCAUCGAGAACCAGGAAUCUCUUGCAAAGCUGGAUCCGUUUAUCUUGUCUGGUGCUAAGGUAUCAGAAGGUGUUGGUACAUUUCUAGUUACGUCGACUGGUGUCAACUCUUCCUACGGUAAAACAAUGCUCUCCCUGCAGGAUGAAGGCCAAACAACCCCUUUGCAGCUCAAGCUCAAUGUUCUCGCCGAGUACAUUGCCAAACUGGGUCUUACUGCUGGUCUAGUCCUGUUUGUGGUUUUAUUUAUCAAGUUCCUCGUCCAUCUGAAAAACAUCCAAGGUGCUACUGCGAAGGGUCAGGCAUUCCUUCAGAUCUUUAUCAUGGCUGUUACUGUUAUUGUGGUUGCCGUACCCGAAGGACUGCCCCUGGCCGUUACUCUUGCACUUGCAUUCGCAACAACACGAAUGUUACGAGAUAACAACUUGGUUAGGCUACUUAGAGCUUGCGAGACCAUGGGAAAUGCCACAACCAUCUGCUCGGAUAAGACUGGCACUUUGACUCAGAACAAGAUGACUGUUGUUGCUGGAACCUUUGGAACUUGGCCCAACUUUGGAGAGAACGGCCCAUCCUCUACACAGCAGGAUGUGAAUGAGAGUAAUCAAUCCUCAGAGACGAACAAUGUUGCUCCUGCCGACUGCAUUUCAUCUUUGUCGCCCUCGGUCAAGGAAUUGCUGCUAAAUUCAAUAUCUCUAAACUCCACCGCGUUUGAAAGUGACGAAAAUGGAGCAACUACCUUCGUCGGUUCCAAGACCGAGACUGCACUGCUCACUUUCGCACAUGACUAUCUAGCACUGGGAUCUUUGAACGAGGCAAGGUCAAAUGCGGAGAUUGUGCAGCUUGUCCCUUUCGACUCGGGCCGAAAGUGCAUGGCUGCAGUUAUUAAACUCUCAAACGGCAAGUACAGGAUGUUGGUCAAGGGUGCCUCCGAAAUUCUCAUUAAGAAAUGCACAAAAAUCAUUGCAGACCCAACCAGCGAACUCGCCGAAACAGAGCUUCGUGAAGAGGAACGAUCUGGUCUGAAGACUAUUGUGGAACAAUAUGCCUCCCGUUCUUUACGAACAAUUGGCAUCAUCUACCGCGAUUUCGAACAGUGGCCUCCUCAGGGAGCACCUACGCAAAGGGAAGACCGCAAGCAAGCUGUAUUUGAACGUGUGUUCGAAGACAUGGUUUUCCUAGGUGUCGUUGGUAUUCAGGACCCUCUGCGCGCUGGCGUUGCUGAUUCCGUUCUCCAGUGCCAAAAGGCGGGUGUUUUUGUCAGAAUGGUAACAGGAGACAAUAUUAUGACGGCCAAGGCAAUUGCACAAGAAUGUGGUAUCUUCACCCCCGGAGGUCUUGCCAUCGAGGGACCGGUGUUUAGAAAACUCAGCUCGCAUCAAAUGAAUCAAGUGAUCCCACGUCUGCAGGUCCUAGCUCGAUCCAGCCCUGAGGAUAAGAGAGUUCUAGUUGCCCAGCUUCGAAAACUAGGUGAAACUGUUGCUGUAACUGGAGACGGAACCAACGAUGCACCCGCUCUCAAGGGAGCAGAUGUUGGAUUCUCGAUGGGUAUUGCCGGAACGGAAGUGGCUAAAGAGGCGUCCGCCAUCAUUCUUAUGGACGACAAUUUCAACUCAAUUGUGAAAGCCAUUGCCUGGGGCCGAACCGUUAAUGAUGCUGUGAAGAAAUUCCUGCAGUUCCAAAUUACGGUCAAUAUCACUGCUGUUGUUCUUACAUUUGUCUCUGCUGUGGCCAGUAACGAUGAGGAAUCCGUACUGACUGCCGUCCAGCUGCUCUGGGUGAACUUGAUCAUGGACACAUUCGCUGCUCUUGCUCUUGCUACCGACCCUCCAACUGAUACCAUUCUUGACCGCAAGCCAGAACCCAAGUCUUCCCCACUAAUUACGCUUACGAUGUGGAAAAUGAUAGUUGGCCAAUCUAUUUACCAGCUUAUUGUCACGUUUAUUCUCAACUUUGCCGGUAAAGGCAUCCUGAAUUUCGGCCAUUCCGAGAGGGAAGAUCGGGUAUUCAAAGCCCUUAUCUUCAACACCUUCGUCUGGAUGCAGAUUUUCAAUCAGUAUAAUUCCCGCAGAAUUGACAACAAGGUGAACAUCUUUGAAGGAAUCCUGAGGAAUAGGUGGUUUGUCGGCAUCCAGUUCAUCAUCGUGGGAGGACAAAUCCUCAUCAUCUUUGUUGGUGGUCAAGCAUUCUCAGUCGAGCGUCUCGGUGGAAGGGACUGGGGUAUUUCGUUGAUCCUCGGACUGCUAUCCAUACCGGUCGGCAUCCUUAUACGCAUGAUUCCAGAUAGCUUUGUCCGUCUGCUCGUUCCGAGUUACUUUCGGCGGAAACAGGACAAGCCGCAGGUAUAUAUCUCUGAUGAGGAACAGCGAUUUGAGUGGAACCCAGCCCUUGAGGAGAUCAGAGACCAGCUCACCUUCCUCAAGAAGGUACGGGGCGGUCGACUAAAUAUCCUGAAGUACAAGCUCCAACACCCGGAGACUCUCAUCCCUCGCUCCCGAAGCAACUCGAAAUCAUCCGUACCACAAACCCCGCAAGGCGAAGACCAUGAGAAUGGCAACACCCAGCCACCAACUCCGAGCUCGCGCACCAGGUCUCGCUCCAACUCUGCCUUUGGGCCUGCUGCGGCCAUGGCUGGUGUCGUGGCUGGAAGCAUAGCAGGCUGGUCCCCCGUUGGCCGAUCAACUGGUGAACAGGAAUCGAUCAAAUUCUCCGGCACUGGUCGACACUCCGGUCUUGAUCAGCAAGAGGGCAUCGAAGUCCAUCCAGGCACUAGGGAAGACGAUCCCAUUUUGACGGAUUACUCACAUACAAGCAAAGUGCCACCCAGUCAGAAUCCAGACCUGACGCCUGAAUUCUCUCAUACCCGCCCAACAGCCGGAUCAUCAACCGAGAGAAGAAGCUGAUC